AUGAUCGAGCGCUUCCACCGACCGUUCAAAGCAGCCAUCAUGUGCCACCCGGACACAACCUGGCUCGAAGCCAUCCCAGCCAUCGUCCUAGGUCUUCGCACCACCUUCAAGCCGGACAUUCAGGCUACACCCGCAGAGCCCGCUUACGGGGAACCACUCCGUCUCCCAGGCGAAUUUCUUGCUGCACCGCCAUCCACCACCGCGAUGUUAGAUCCCACUGAUUUCGUCACCCGGCUCCGUGGCACCAUCGCUGCCCACCGCCCGUCACCUGCAGCUCACCACUGUAAGACUGCACCAUUAGACUUCAAGGAUCUGGCAAAGUGCACGCACACUUUUCACCGUGACGACACUGCCCGCAGGCCUUCCCAGCCACCUUACCGCGGACCCUGCCCAGUUGUCCGUCGCGACGAGAAAACCUUCACCCUGCGCGAUAAGGGGAACGACGUUAGGGAGCCAUCAUGCAAGCACCGUUUUAGGGUGGUGACAACCUGUGUAAGGGUACUUGCCGCUGCCAGCUUAAUUGGCGGGUAA